AUGUAGUAUUUUAGUUGAAAAAAAGAAUAAUUUUCCUUGAAAUUUCUAACUUAAAAGUUAAAAAAAAUGCUGAUUUUACUUAAGUCACGUUGGCUGCAACAAGCUGGGAAAAUUUGCCAAAGAAGAUGGUUGAGACAAAGUUGUACAGAGCUAAAAGAUUUGGAAUUGACCAAUGAUAUGAAACAUAAAAUUGAAAAGCAUUGGAGCAGUACAUUAAAUGAAGGAAAAUUCAAUUACAACAAGUUGGAUAAGAAAUUCUAUGUCUUGUCAAUGUUUCCCUAUCCCUCGGGAAAUUUGCACAUGGGCCAUGUGAGAGUGUACACUAUAAGUGAUACAGUGGCGCGUUUUCAACGCAUGUGCGGUCUAAAUGUCUUCCAACCCAUUGGCUGGGAUGCUUUUGGCCUGCCGGCGGAAAAUGCUGCCAUACAAAGGGGUAUAGCACCCAAAGACUGGACUGAGAAAAAUAUUCAACAAAUGAAACAGCAAUUGGAAGAUUUAGGUUGCUCAUUUGAUUGGAAACAUGAGCUGUCAACAUGCAGUCCUUCGUACUACAAGUGGACUCAAAAAUUGUUCCUGAUGCUGCAUAAAGAAGGUUUGGCUUAUCAGAAUGAGGCUUUAGUGAAUUGGGAUCCGAUUGAUAAAACUGUGUUGGCCGAUGAACAGGUGGAUGCAAAUGGUUGCUCUUGGCGUUCGGGAGCUAAAGUGGAAAAGAAAUUGCUUAAACAAUGGUUCAUAAAAACUACAGCAUUUGCCCAACAGCUGUUAGAGGGUUUGGAUGAUCCUACACUAAGAGAUUGGAGGGAUAUUAUAAAUCUACAAAGACAUUGGAUAGGAGAAUGUGAUGGUUAUGGCUUUCAACUGUUCACCUCCGAAGCUAGUUCAUUGAGGGUAUGGACUCAACAUCCAGAAUAUCUUAAGGAUCCUAAUGCUUUUGUGGUCGUGAAAACAAAUCAUUUCUUGGCUAAAGCCAAGGACAAAGCUUUCAAUAUGACUAUAGAAAAUCCUUUUACUGGCACUAUAAUGCCCGUUAUUUUCAGUGAUGUGCCCGCCUUUGCCAACAAAUGCGAUGUUUAUUUGGCCGCACCUAGUUUUAGGGAAGAAGACAAAGAACUUCAAGAGUCCCUAAGUCUUUCGUUCUUUGCCGAUGAGGAGUAUAAUGCAGUGGACCAUAAUAAAGAGUUGUUAAGAAAGGAAGUAUUGGAGGCUGCACAAAGAUUAAAAAUUGGUGGAUAUAAGGUAUCUUCCAAAUUGCAGGACUGGCUAAUAUCACGACAAAGAUAUUGGGGUACCCCCAUACCCAUGAUCCACUGUGACAAAUGUGGUGUAGUGCCAGUGCCAGACGAAGAACUUCCCGUAGUAUUGCCUGAAAAAUUGCUGCUUGAAAAAAAUCGCGAUGAAUCGUUAAAAUGUUCCUGUCCCAAGUGUAAUAAUCCCAAUGCACUUAGAGAAUCGGACACAAUGGAUACCUUUGUUGACAGUUCCUGGUAUUAUUUACGCUACUUGGAUCCCGCCAACACAAAAGAGAUCUUUGACAAAAAUAUUAUAGCAGAAUCUAUGCCAGUCGAUUUGUAUAUUGGCGGCAAAGAGCAUGCCGUUUUGCAUUUAUAUUACGCUCGUUUUAUGAAUCAUUUUCUUCAUUCUCAAGGCCUGGUGCCAAGUUCGGAACCGUUUUCACGUUUGCUGGUGCAGGGUAUGGUCAUGGGCAGAUCUUUUCGCGUUAAAGGCAGUGGCCGUUAUGUGCAAGAAGAUGAAGUGGAUAUUGUAAAUGCUAAGAAAAAUCAAGCAGUACUUAAGGGUACCAAAGAUGCGGUAGUAAUGACAUGGGAGAAAAUGUCAAAAUCUAAAAUGAAUGGUGUCGAUCCUGGAGAUAUGUUCAAGGAAUAUGGUACCGAUACAACAAGACUGAUAAUAUUAGCUGAUGUGGCGCCGACGUCUCAUAGAAAUUGGUCAAGUGCAACAUUCCCUGGUAUUCUCAAUUGGCAAAAACGCUUGUGGCUGACAGUGAAUGAAUUCUGUGAACUGCGUUCCUCCUUGGAUGAAUUGCAAAUUGAUGUCAACUCUAGCGAAUUUCAGGCCGAAGAUGAAAAAUUAUUCGAUGCUAGAAAUUUCUAUGUUAAAGGCGCCACAUUUAACUACAGACACACGCAUCAACUUAGUGUGGCCAUUUCUAAAAUGCAGGGACUUACAAAUUCCCUAAGACGUACUCCUAAACAUAUAAUACGUUAUGGCAAACAUUACGAACGUGCCUUGGCCGCACAACUUAUUAUGUUAGCACCUAUGGCACCACAUUUUGCAUCAGAAUUAUGGUCUAAGUUUGCCUCAGCACAAAAUCGUUUAAACAGUAGCGCUCCUGAAUUGCAGUGGGAUGAAGAUGUUCUGUCACAAAUGUGGCCGGAAAUCGAUCAGCAUUAUCAAUUGGAUUUAGCCAUUAAAGUUAAUGGUUUUGAAAAUUGUUGCAUUAAAAUACCACGCAGUCAUAUUGACAAGGUAACGCAUAAUGAUGCAUUAGAUUUGGCAUUUAAUACCGAUUCAGUGACAUCGUACUUAAUUGAUAAGAAAAUACGUACAACGAAUUUUGUAUUGUAUCCGGGCAUUGAAGCGAUUUUAAAUAUUUAUGUGGAUAAAGUUAAGCAGGAAAAACAAACAACCACUUCCAAAGCAAAUAAUGAAGAAAUUGUACAUUAAGGUAUAGAGUUGUAUUGAAAUUGUUUUUCAUUACAAUAUAUUGUUAAUAAGUGGAUUGAUUAAUUAUUUAAUUUAUAAGGUGUUGCAUAUUUAAAAGUAGGUUAAAGUAAGUUAGACAAAUGAGCGCAAAAUAAAUGACACUUUGAUAAGUGAAAAUUAAAA